AUGGGCUCCGCGAGCUUCAAGAGCGCCCUGGCAAACGACAAGGACCCAGCGGUCAAGGAGCUGCAUAGUCUGACGCUGGAGAACACGAGAGAGAACCAGAAAGGAUUCCAUGGAGCCACGACCCCCCGCAAGAACGAGAGGGGGAGGAGAGCGUCCGAGCAGGAACAGCGCAAAGUCUCCUUCAAGGUAGCGGCGGACAUGUCGGAUGACUUUGUGUACGACAAACUUGAGGUGCAGUCGAAGAGACUUUCCUUCUCGGGGAUCUCCUUGUUUCCCUCCAAGUCAAAGAUCAAGAUCGACAAAUGGCACCUGAGCUCCACAGCCGACAGCGGCUCGUUCCGCAGGUCGACCCCCGAGUUUCGACCUCCGCCCAUCGAUGUCGUCAGCAGCCCCGUCGGGAUCCUCCGAUCUCCCGAGAACGCCGGCGACAAGUUGGGUCGCACUCGAUGGCUGGAGGACAUGAUCGUCCACGAGCUGAACAAGUCGGAGGAGGAGGAGGCAGCAAGAAGGGAUGUGGAUGGAAGUCAGAGUGACAGGCAGGACGAGAGGAACGAGGACGGUGGGACUUCAAGCGGCGACAGGAAGCAGCCAGCUGGGAGGACUGCUGGCCUGCUGCUGAGAGAGAGCGAGGUCCCGCUGCCAAGUCCUCUGAACCGAACGCUGAAGAAGGAGGGGGUGCAUAUCAAGAGGCCGCUGGAGCUUGUGGAGGAGCAGGAGCACGUGGUAGGCGAUGCUUCCAAGGACAGCAGGAUAAGAGCUGUAGAGGCAGGGGACCGCAAGGUCAGAGCGCCUCGGUCGCCAGUCGUGCAUGCCUGGACGGACUCGAUUCGAGGGGAGGAGGAAGCAGGCAAGCAGGGGGGCAGAAGGGACUUCAAGGGUUCAGGGAGGGGAUCGAGUCAGGAGCCUGUCCUGUCGGCCGGGCGAGACGAGGAGCUGGAGGAGCAGGAAGGGCCCAGCCCAGCGGCAACGAGCCCCGUUGUCGAGCUGCGACCGUCGCCUAUGAAGUCCUCGAGCAACAGGAGGAACUUGGGGUGGAACGAUAAGACGGUGCAGUCGUUGGAAUACAGACCCUUCUACUGGUUCUGGUAG